UGGCCUGCCGGGGCAAUGGCCUGCCGCGCUGCUCGCCCGUUUCGGGUGCUGGUGGACAUGGACGGGGUGCUGGCUGACUUCGAAGGCGGGCUGCUAAGAGGCUUUCUUGCCUCCUAUCCUGGGGAUCCCCACAUAGAGUUGACGGAGCGAAGGGGCUUUUCUGCGCGGGAGCAGUACCGCUGCCUGCGGGAGGACCUGGGGGAUAAGGCAGCAAGUGUGUACGAGUCCCCAGGCUUCUUUCUGGGCUUGGAUCCUAUUCCAGCAGCUAUUGAAGCAAUACAGGAGAUGGUCCAAAUGCCAAACACCGAUGUUUUUAUUUGUACAAGCCCUCUACGGAGAUACGAAUACUGCAUCCCAGAGAAGUACAGCUGGAUUGAGAAGCACUUGGGCCCCGGAUUUGUGGAGCGAUUAAUUCUGACCAGAGAUAAGACGGUAGUGUCAGCUGAUCUGCUGUUUGAUGACAAGGAUGUGGUCACAGGGGUAGAGCCUAAUCCGAGCUGGGAACACAUCUUGUUCUCUUGUUGUCAUAAUCGGCAUCUAAAGCUGCAGACCCCCCAAAGGCGACUAGAAUCUUGGACUGACGACUGGAGGGCAAUCCUGGAGAGCAAACGUUCUAGGUGAUGUCCAGGGAAAUGGGGCAUACAUUUCAACUGGCAGUGCAAGUGAUGUCCGGAUGCCGACGACCAAGUUCCAUUGGAUGGAAGCAUGCACUCAC